CUGCAGUGGAGACAGCAGGAGCUAGCUUCUCCCCACCCUCAGGGCCACCUAGCUGGUUCUCCUGAAGGCAGACAGGACCUCCGUGCUUCUCUGUGACCUCCUGCCCCAGUCCAGCCCUACAUCAGGCCCUCCUCAUAGGAGGUUCCAGCUGCUGGCUUGGUACUCUUCUUAGCCACCCGUCAUGGCCCGAGGACUGCCCAGUGCUGCCAGCCUGGCACGCUUCUGCCAGAAGCUGAACCGACUGAAGCCGCUGGAGGAGUCCAGCAUGGAGACAUCCCUGAGGCGCUGCCUGUCCACACUGGAUCUGACCCUGCUGGGUGUGGGUGGCAUGGUGGGCUCAGGCCUCUAUGUGCUCACAGGCACUGUGGCCAAGGACAUGGCUGGCCCUGCUGUGCUUUUGUCCUUUGGCCUGGCCGCGGUGGCCUCCCUUUUGGCAGCCCUGUGCUACGCAGAAUUUGGAGCACGAGUGCCCCGCACAGGUUCUGCAUACCUAUUCACCUAUGUGUCUAUGGGGGAGGUGUGGGCCUUCCUAAUAGGCUGGAAUGUGCUCCUGGAAUACCUCAUCGGGGGCGCCGCAGUGGCCCGUGCCUGGAGUGGCUACCUGGAUGCCAUCUUUAGCCACAGGAUUCGAAACCUCACCGAGUCUCAAGUGGGUGUCUGGCAUGUCCCCUUUUUGGCCCAAUACCCAGAUUUCCUGGCUGCUGGCAUCCUACUCGUGGCUUCUGCCUUUGUCUCCUGUGGAGCCCGAGUCUCCUCCUGGCUCAACCACACCUUCUCAGCCAUCAGCCUGAUUGUCAUUCUCUUUAUCAUCAUUCUGGGCUUCAUCCUGGCCCACCCCCAAAACUGGAGUGCUAAGGAGGGUGGCUUUGCACCUUUUGGCUUCUCUGGCAUCAUGGCAGGCACUGCCACCUGCUUCUAUGCCUUUGUGGGCUUUGAUGUCAUUGCUGCCUCCAGUGAGGAGGCCCAGAACCCCCGAAGGGCUGUGCCCAUCGCCAUCGCAAUCUCCCUUGGCCUGGCAGCAGGUGCCUAUAUCCUUGUCUCUACUGUGCUGACCCUCAUGGUGCCCUGGCACAGCCUGGACCCUGACUCUGCACUUGCUGAUGCUUUCUACCGGCGGGGCUAUAACUGGGCUGGCUUCAUCGUGGCAGCUGGCUCCAUCUGUGCCAUGAACACCGUCCUACUCAGCAACCUCUUCUCCUUGCCACGCAUCGUCUAUGCCAUGGCCGCUGAUGGGCUCUUCUUCCAGGUGUUUGCCCAUGUGCACCCCCGAACACAGGUGCCUGUGAUGGGCAUUCUGGUGUUUGGGGUCCUCAUGGCACUCCUGGCACUGCUGUUGGACCUAGAGGCACUAGUCCAGUUUCUGUCCAUCGGCACUCUGCUGGCCUAUACCUUUGUGGCUGCCAGCAUCAUUGUGUUGCGCUUCCAGAAGUCAUCUCCACCCAGCUCACCAGGCCCAGCCAGCCCUGACCUCACAGACAAGAAGUAUGACUCCUUCUCAGACCAUAUACAGCUAGUGGGUGCUGUGCAGGCCUCAGUCUCUGAACCUGGGCAGCUGCGACCAGCCCUGAAGCCCUACCUCGGCUUCCUGGGAGGGCUCAGCCCUGGAACUGCUGUAACUUGGGCACUUGGCAUCCUGGUAGCCUCAGCUAUCAUGGUGGACUGUGUGCUGGCCUUUGGGGACUCAGUACUAUACCUAUCACGGUGGGGCUACAUCCUGCUGCUCCUUAUUAGUGGUGUGGUAUUUCUGCUCAGCCUCCUGGUCCUGGGGGCUCAUCAGCAACAGCACCGGCAAGACACUUUCCAGAUCCCCUUGGUGCCCCUGACUCCAGCCCUGAGCAUCCUCCUCAAUAUCUGCCUCAUGCUGAAACUGAGCUACCUGACGUGGAUGCGCUUUGCCAUCUGGCUCCUGAUUGGACUUGCUGUGUAUUUCGGCUAUGGCAUCAGGCACAGCAAACAGAACCAGCAGGAGCCACCACCGGGGCUGACUACCACCACACGCUAUGUGGUAUUCCCCAGCGGCAGCCUGGAAGAGACAGUGCAGCCUGUGCAGCCUGUGAGCCAGGAACCAGCCCAAGGACCUAACAGCAUGGAGUAGUGGAGAGUCUGAGCCAAGUCAUUCUUCUGCCCUCCCCCACCUCGAGAGGCCAGUGGAGCUAGGAGCCACUUCUUAUCCAGGGCAGUUUAGGUGUACAGCUGCCCAGGUUGGGAAGGUCUCAGGAUCUUAGGACUGUAUGCCAGGUACUGAGCUUCUGGUCUUCAGGGAAUGGACCUCGACCAGCACUAAUGCAGUGGACUGUUUGCUCAGCACUUUCCUUUGUAUGACCAACUCCAGCUACUGAACAGGUAGGGUAGGGUGGGAGGGAAGGGGUUGCAGCUGCAGGGAUCCACAAUAAUAACUGCUUGGCCAGCCAUAUGGGCAACCACUAUGUCCACAGUGGCAUUUUUUAUGACCCUGAGUUCUUACCUGUCCCCUAGGAAUCAGGUGGUUGUCCCCAAUCUGCAGCAAAGGUGCUGAAGUUCUGCAAAGUUAGCUCUGGGAUCACCCACAUGGCCAGUCCUGGGUCUGAGCUCCUUCCUUAGGAAAUGUGCCUUCUGACUAGAUUAGAGGGGAGCUACAUACACCAGAUGAAGGGGGAGUGGACCAUGGUGAGGGUCAGAAGAGGCUCCCCAAAUGUCCUUAUCAGGUAGAUCAAAGGAGCAGAGCCUAUACCAUGAGAAGGUUGCCUGGAAAAAGAAAUAGGCCCCCAGAGGACAGUGUGUGCUUGAAGCCUGCCCCCAGAACACUGAGGUACAUUUGUACAGACAUGUGACACACAAAUACCCUCAGGCACUUGCCUGCAUAACCCACACUCUACCCUGUGGAUACACAGUCAUGUCCAGACUGAGGUGACACCUGUAACAAAGUCUGGGUUCAUUUUCUUUUUGUCUGUGCCCACCCUGCCAGGGUUUGAGGUAAUGGCUGAGAUGGUGCACAUGUGACUGGUACACAGUUGUGCAUGAGUGCACAAGUGCCUUGGGCCUGCGCCUACUGUCUUCUGGCCCACUUGGUAUCCCCAAUAUAGGAAUGAGGGAAUUCCUGGAUAAGCCCUUGUCCAGUGAUGGUGAACAUUUUAGAGACUGAGUGCCCAUACUGCAACUCAAAACCCACUUAUUCAUUGGAAAGUGCCAACACUGGCCCUGUGUUGACUGUUAACUGAUGCUUGGCUGCUGGGGAGAUGCUGGGGUGACUUGACUGUGUGCUGACAGAAAAGGGUCUGCGUGCCCACUGCAGAAUGUGUGCUAUAGGUUCACCACCACUGCCCUAGACCCAUGAUGCAUUCUCCCCCAGCUAGGGUCCUCAUGCCUGUGCUGUGUCCACUACAGACACCUCCCCUUCCCCAUUUCCCUGUAAGGACUACAUAGAAAGCUGCUGGCUUUGGCAAGCUUUUACUCCAGUAGUGACAUCACCUUUCUCUGAACCCCAGGACAACCAGGUACAACCUCCAACAACCAGGCCUUUUGGACCAUGACUUCCCAUCCUAGCCCUCUAGAGACCACUUCCCUGGAAAUUAAACCCUUAGGAGUUAAGGGCAGCAGAGACCUCAAAGGAUUUAUUGAGGCUGUGAGUGCCAGAUGAUCUAGAUGCUAUUCCAGCUUCAGCCCAAGCCCUAGCACUUCCCACCAUGCCUCUGGCCACCAUGAGAAAGCAGCCUCUCACUUCUUCCAUGGGGUGGGUACUCCCAAAUCCCUGCCCCACCCUGAAACCAGGAGAGGGUUUAGUUCCUGCGGCCUUGUCUCUCCCAUGCUACUGUGUGUCCCAAGACAUAGAGAAAUUUCUAUCAGGUAGGAUUUAGGCUCCCAGGAGGAUUAUAGAACCAGAACCUGACCAACCUUCAGAGGAACCUCAGUAUCCUUUAUUAGAGACAUUCCUUGUAGCCACUGAACUCUGCCUAAGAUCAAGAUCAGGGUCUCUGGUGUGCCUCAGGUUAGGCUGCAUAGUCAGAGAGGUCCCUAGAGGACCCAGAGAGGUAUGACUUAGGAGGCAGUAAGUUCCAGAUGUUUGGGCUUUCUAUCCUGGGGCCUUCAGGAAGCCUAGUGGUCAGUUUCCAGGGGGUUAGGCUGGAAGAACUACGAGGAAGUAUAGAGAAGACACCAGAAGACUCAAGACCACCAACUGAGGCCCAUACCUCUCUGUCUCAACUGUGUAACAGCCAAGAGCUGUCACAGGGAAGGGCAGGAAUUCACAGGCUGAACACUACUGUGGUGCAAUCAGGUGCCUCUGCUCACUCACCUCCAUAGCUCAUGUUGUGCCACAAAACUGGUUUCUGUAUCUUCCAAGAUAGUACCUUGCCAAGGCUAGACCCAGGAGAGACAGUCUUCCUGGGAGUUCAAGGGCAGAGUUCUCCCUCCAACUCUUAUCCCAGUCCUUUGAGGGCUCUAUCCUUGAGGUUCCUAAGCCAAGAUCCCUACCCUUUUCCAUCCCCAUUCCCCAAACCCCAAUAAACAUGGAGUGGCUAUAGACCUCAGGAAUAGGCCAGCAAGUGGGUGCUGAAGCCCAGACAGGAGCACCCUUGAACUGAAGUCAGGCACCGAGAAACAGAGGUUGUGAGGACAGGUGGUGGCACCAUCUAAGGCACCUGGAAAGCUGGACUUGUUGUGGGUGUGAAAACCGGCUUGGUCCAUGAAAGGUUAGCAGUCGCCUUUGGGGCUUUUGCCUGCAGACAAAGACAGCAGGUCAGGGAUCUGACUGAAAUCUCCCAAAGUGUGGCAAAAACCAGUGGCUAGGCAGACUUGCAGCUCACCUCCUCAUACUUUGUCCUCCAGUAGAAAUGGGCUUCUCUGUCCACAUACAGCAGCAGCAGAUCACAGAGGAAGGUGAUCUGCAAGAGGCAAGGUCAAGCUAUGUCCCACCCCCAACCUGCUCUCCUGCCACUUCCCCAGCUCUCACCCCAGGACACAAUUUGCAGUCAUAGAGUACUUUGCCAGACAGACAGGCACUCGUAGCCUGAGGGAGCUGAGAGCUAUCGGACUCACCACACCCAGCCAAGCUGCUCCAGUGCCCACUGUGAUGGCCGUGGGGAUGAGCCCGAACUUUCCUGCCUGAGAGAGCUGGGAUGAACCUAUCAGGCCACAGUUGUCACUAUAUACUUCCUCCAGGCCCACCUAUCUAUACUCCUCUCCCCUGGCCCGAUCCCUACCUGCCCAGUGACAAGGAUGUCAAAGCGGAUCCCGUAGAGCUUAAGCAGACUGCGAGCUUCCACGCCUGGAGCCUCCCACCAGUGGCUGGCCGUCCUGGGGGCAGGAGAAAGGGCCCAGUCUCAGGCUGGGAUGGUUUUCCUGGGCUUCAGCCUUACUUAUCCACUGACUCCAUAAACCCCUUACCCAAGCCUGAGUCGUGGAUCUUGGUCCUGAGUAGUUGCUAAGGAUAUAAGGAAAAAGCACACCGGACCUGAGUCAAAGGAGCUUCCUGCCUACUGAGGGGUCGGGGACAGAUGGCUCCCUACAUACAGAGCAGCAACAAGAGAUGGGAGGAGAAAGGGAGGCUGGAGGUAAGGAAGGAGGAGGCUUGUGAGAGCCUCAAGGGAAGAAUUCACUCUCCUAGAAACGGAAGAAGGAACAUAUGGAUGGGUUCCUAAAGGAAGUCCAGGCUGAGCAAGCAGCGCCAGCCAAGGCCCACAGGUGGGAGGAGCAGUGAGGGCAGGGAGCCAGCACCACAAGGUUGUGAAGAGCUGGGAAAAAAGGAAAGCCAGAUUUGGCAGGAUUCAGCGAGCUAUGCCUAUAUCAUCCCCAGGCCUGAUGGCAGCCCUAUGCAUACAUGGGGGUUUGUAUAAGGUGAUGGUAGGUGGCAGGUUCCCAGGAUGUCUUAGGAGAUUUAAAGACAUGACAAUAAAUGCAAUUUAAGAUC